CUCUGCUGGAGGAAGUAGGUACUUUGUUGAACAGCUGCGGGGGGCUCUACGGAACUCAACAACAACUUACCUUAUCUUGCCUGUCCUAUAAAAUGAUAUCUCGGUUUUCUGAUUGACGAACCUAAACACCUCAAGAAGCCCACCUCACCGGUUCUGCAUGCGGUCUCUAGCGUUUAUGACAUAUUCCCAAGGCACACUGGGUAGCGUGCCAUCUCGUCGCUAAACACUCGCAAAACACAACACUCCGCAAAUGGUGCUUGUGCCUGUGAUCGGCCCUCGGUAACGCGCAAUGGGGGUGGUAAUCACCGUAUGGGGUGUCGUCGUGGAUGUGGCCAGCUUCUGGCAGAGGGUAAACUCUCUGUUCCUCCUAUCCGUGAUACGCGACGUUUGUCGUUCCUAACUAUGUCGUUGCAGAAGCUGCGGAGCUGGUACACGCGCAAAAGCCCUGUUGAACUAUGGCUAGACCUAUUGAGAACCGCCGAGGCCUUUGAGGACUGGGAGGAGGCCGCGCUACACUUGGAUAACCUCCUGGGCCUUGAUCUAUGGAGGAACAAUCCAGCUUCUAAGUACUACGACUGGAGACUCAUUGCAGAACGCCUAGACUCCCUCGCGACCGCGCGGGAAGACGGAAACUUCCAGCAGCUCGUCAACCUGUUAAGAUCCGGCCUGGUGCGAAACCUCGGGAACAUCACCUCGCCCAAACUCUACAAUCGAUCAUUUGCCGGAACCAAGUAUCUUAUAGAAGAGUACAUCACCCAGAUUGCCGAAGCAGUGGAAGACAUUCGCGCUCUGCCUACAACUCCGUCGGCUAUACAUGGUAUGGGGCCAUCCUUGACGACGCAGAUGAAAUUGGACUGUAUCCACGAUACAAGACAGGCUUUUGGCAGGAGUACACUCGUCCUUCAAGGUGGUGCGAUAUUUGGUAUGUGCCAUUUGGGCGUUGUGAAGGCUCUCUUUCUGCGUGGUUUACUCCCGCGCAUCAUUACGGGAACGGCUACAGGCGCCUUGAUCGCGGCUCUGGUCGCUAUUCAUACAGAAGAUGAGCUACCGGCUGUUUUGAGUGGCGAUGGCAUUGACCUCUCGGCAUUUGCUUCCAAGAAUGGUCAUGAGAAUGGGGAAACGUCAACGGCUCAGGCCUUCAGGUCACGGUGGGAAACUCUAUGGCGGAGGAUCAGGCGUUUCUCCAAAGAAGGUUACUUUCUUGACGUGACUGUUUUGGAGGAGUGUGUGAGGGCCAAUGUUGGUGAUUUGACUUUCGAAGAGGCCUAUAACCGGAGCAAGAGGGUGCUGAACAUAACUGUUGCGACGGAGGGUCAGGGCGGUGUACCGACGCUCCUCAACUAUCUGACUGCGCCUAAUGUGUUGAUCUGGACCGCUGCUGUAGCGUCGAAUGCCUCAUCGCCCUCUCUCUAUGGCCACCGUAAGACGACCAUGCUCUGCAAGGACGCUCAUGGCAACAUCGUACCGUGGGCACCAGCUAACACAAUUGACUUUCGACAUUGGACUCACACAUCCUACUCGGAUCGAGACUCACCCUUACGGCGUAUUGCUGAGUUAUUCAACGUCAAUCAUUUCAUUGUCAGCCAAGCUCGACCGUAUCUCAUUCCCUUCAUUCAGUCUGAUAUGCAUGGCCCAUCUUUAGUAGAGUCACGGAGCAAGACAACGCAGAUAUCUGCCUUUCUCGUACGCAUGGUAGGGCUGGAGAUAAGGCACCGUCUAAGUCAGCUGGACACACUAAACCUCCUGCCAACCGGUAUCCGCCGCUUCCUGGUCGAUGAGCAAGUCCCGGCUGCCUCCAUGGUUCUCGUGCCCGAAGUGACAGCGGGGGACUUUGUGCGAUUACUAGAAACUCCGACACGGGAGACCCUUAACUACUGGGUUCUCAGAGGUGAGAGGAGCGUUUGGCCUGCCGUAGCCGCCCUAAGAAUCAGGUGUGCUGUCGAGAAUGAGCUCGACAGGUCAUAUCAGGUAGUCAGGAAGUUCAAAGCCCCGGGCUUACGACGAAAGGGGAGCAUGGCCGCUACACUGCAGGCUUAGAGAAGAGAACGCAAUGUAUAGUUUGGCUCAGCCGUUACGGAUAUCAGAGCGACUUGAACACUUCAUCCAAAGUUGUUGGGACAAUGGUUACAUGAAAAUACCAGCCCUUCUUUAUUGACACCUAUCAGAAACAGCAGAAGGAUGCUUUACUUGGCACGGAAGUAUGUCUACCUGAGGUACUCAGGAAUCGUUAUCUGCGUUUUUACUCACGGGAGGAGCUUGCUGUGUCUAGGACUUGUCUUCUUUUUACCUCUGAUAACAAUUUCCAUCUUUCUUGUCAUAUCCUGCAUUUGUUUUUCCAGCAUUGAUCACCAUUGCUCGAUAUUGGGAAGGCCUCAAAACAAGUAUCAGCAGGAAUCUGUAACAGGAACUCUGCCAACUAUACCACACGACCACUCAAGUCAUACAAGUUAGCCUUCAGCAAUGACAGCGAAUUAAUAUACCUAUGCAAGAACUCGCAAUCAACAGGAUGCAAUCUAAUUUCGUGACUGCACAACAAUUCUCUGGGACACUCAUCAGUAUGCAGAAUAGAGCCCAAGUCUACGUUCAGGCAGUCUCCAUUUAUAGAACCAAUGAAGGACAAUAAAAAGACGGUUUUCUGGGCAG